UUCCUCCCAAUGAGCCGUUGAAUUUAAAAAUCAGAGAGAUUACUUCAACAUCUCUUCAAAUACUAUGGCAUUCUGGCUUCAAUGGAUAUAGUCCUAUCACUUCGUACAAGUUAGAAAUUCGUAGAAACUCUGCUCGUGACUGGAGCACAGUUUCAAAGCAUAUAAAUUCAGAGAAUUACACUGUGGACAAUUUGAAACCUUAUACAGUGUAUCAUCUCAGAGUGUUUGCUGAAAAUAAGAUCGGAUGGAGUCGACCCAGUGAGAGUGUUUGGAAUCGUACGGGCGAAGACUGUAAGUAUAGAUUAAACGUGAUUAAUUUCCCAAUCAGUGAAAUUGAUCCGCACAUGAAUCGCUGAACAGAAAAGAUUGCCCUUACGCUAAUCUAUUUAUUGUUACCAUUUUAGCUCCAUCCAGCCCAACUGGUCUCCAAUGCCAGACAAUCAAUUCCAGUACGAUAUUCCUAACCUGGAACAAACCAUCUCUACCCAAUGGUAAACUUCGAAAAUACAAUAUCCAAUACAGUAACCAAAGCAACCACGCUGACGUCAGCACAGCAUCAAUGACCCGCUAUAUCCGCGGACUACAGCCAUUCACGUGGUACACAUUUCGUAUACAAGCCGCCAGUGGAGGAAAUCCUGUAUUGUUGUGGGGGAAUUAUUCUUCCUACGUGAGCUGUCGAUCUGGGCAAGCAGGUAUUUCGAGUGCCUGAGUGUACGUUAAGGCGCUAAUGGGGAUACGAAGGCCCCGAUAAUUCUCUCACAAAUUUAACUAAUGCUUAAUCUAUAGGGUCAUCUGGAGAAAAACUGUAACAGUAAUGCAUAAAUUGUCUCGAAAUUAUUUUUUUUCGUCUUUGGGUUUUGUUGAUGGAGAUUUCGAGAUUUCGAUUUCUGUAGCCCUGCGAUCACUGAGCUGUACCACAAGAGCUAAGGGGCCAGUCAUUAUUUAUGGCUGGGGGGGGGGCUGAAAAGAAAUUUUAUGGGUGGAAAUGGGUGGGUUGAAUAAAAAUGCACCAAGUCAAAGGGUGGGUAAAGUAAAAAUCAUUAAGUCAGAAAAUACUAAAAUAUCAAUUCAAGAUAUUGUUUGUUUUAUUAAGAACAAAUAAAUAUCAUUUACUGAUAUCGAUUUGCAUCGUAUUCCAUUUGAACCUGCCCGAUAACAGUCAUGAAAAAGUUACAGAGUUCAUAUAUACUUGUUGGCUUUUUUGCCCUCUCAAAAACUGAAAUAAGUCAAUUUAGCUUUUAAAUAAGUAAAUUGACAAAUUGCCCGUUCAGUUUUUCUGUGGAUUAGGUUUGUGGAAGGAUAUAUAAUGUGGAAGGGUUUAUAACAAGAUUAAAUUAAUUUUAAAACUCUUUCAUUUUCGUUUUAAAACUUUCGUCUUUGUUCACAGUACUAACUUUUAUAAAAAAGAUAGAAUACAAUAAAUUUUAGAAAUUGGAUUUAGAUGUUUCUUCUAUUUUUUCAGCGCCAAUAGAUGCCCCAAGGAAUUUGGUGGUGACUGCAUCAGGACCUCAUUCUAUCUCGGCCAGAUGGCAGGUAUAUAAAACUUAAGAAAUUUUUGUAGCUGUUACGGGUAACAUGCAUGUAUGUGGGUAUUAAUGCUCGUUUCAGUUUACGAAAGCAUGGAAUAGAACAAAGGUAACUACAGUAUAAGCAUUAAACUGAAUUAAAUCAGCUGCACUAGCGAAUAACGCUUAUACUGUACAUAAUUCGAUGUACAUAUUACUUUCUAGAAAAUUCCCAUUGGGUCUGAAAAUGGCAUUGUCAUUGGUUAUUAUCUCCAGUACAAGACCCCGUGGGAUGUAAAUUAUACACGCAUAUUUAUCGCUGGGAAUGAUACAUUGCAAUACAAUAUAACUGGGCUGUUUCCAUGGACUAACUAUACAGUUCAGAUUGCCGCCAUCACAGUGGCACUGGGACCAUGGACGUUGCUAAGGGCAUCGGAGACAGACGAGAGUGGUAAGUAAGGAUAUGUUAGGACAGUGGCAAAUUAUUCCCUUGGUUUCACUACAUUACUUCCAUUAGGUUUCCCCUGUAGUAACACUGGAUCAACAAGAGAUGACCCUUACUGGACCUCUAGGAAGAACAGUUAGAACUCAUAGAGCUAUCCAGUAUAAAUAAAGUCAGUUUAGUUUAGGUUUUCUCCUGUAGUAACACUGGAUGAAUAAGAGAUGACCCUUACUGAACUCUAGGAAGAACAAUUUAGAACCGAUUAGAGUUAUCCAGUAUAAAUAAAGUUAGUUUAGUUUAGGUUUCCUCCUGUAGUAACACUGGAUCAAUAAGAGAUGAUCCUUACUGAACCUCUAGGAAGAACAGUGUAGAACUGAUCAGAGCUCUCCAGUAUAAAUAAAGUUAGUUUCGUUUAGGUUUCCUCCUGUAGUAACACUGGGUCAAUAAGGGAUGACUUCUACGGGAACUCUAGGGAGAACAGUAUAUAACUGAUAGAGCUGUCCAGUAUAUUAAAUGAGGUUAGUUAUUUAAACGAAAUGUUCUUUCAAAUAUUUUACAGUUCCAUCCAGACAGCCAAGUAAUGUCGUUGUUAAAGCAAUUACUUCAAACAGUCUAUCAGUCCGCUGGAACCCACCACCGUUGGAAAAUCAAAAUGGUGAAAUACGCGGUUACAUGGUGUUAUAUGGUGUGGCAGACACCACUGGAGUAAGCUGGAACCUCACGACAAAUGAUACGAGCGUAGAGCUAUCUGGGUUGAUGAUAUUUACCAGUUAUAUGGUGAGGGUUCGGGCAUUCACUGAUGUUGGGUUUGGACCGUAUAGUGAUGAAGUUGUGAAUAAAACUUUAGAAAGUUGUAAGUAUUUGUUAUAUUACUGAUGUUGCAAGCAAGUAUAUUAUAUUUAACAAUGUUAUACGGUGCUACACCGAUGGCGAAACUAGCCAUGGCAACCGAGCAUGCCAUGGUAAUAAACCUGCAUUUAAAUAGGUUUAUAAAGACAUUUCUAACGGUUUUAAUUAUGCAUUAAAAGUUUGCAUUGCACGACCUGUUGCUAUGGCUAGCUUCGCCACUGUGCAGUAAACUGCUGUAUUGACACUGGACCUAUAAGGGAUGAACUAUACUUAACGUCUAAUGAGAAUAUCUUGGAACUGAUAGAGUUAUCCAGUGGCAGCUAUCCAAUAUAAUAUAUAUAAGUUUAGCUCUUCAGGUUUGUUCCCUGGUAGAACAUGAAUAAGCCAAACUUUUAGCAACCCAGAUAUACGCUUAAUUGUGAAGAGAUUGUCCGUCAAACCUCUGGGCUGCUAACUUGUAUGAGUGAAAACCAUUCUCGUCCCCAGAGCCAUUUUAUUCGGUCACUCGUUGGAAAUUAGGCUCUGGUAGAUAAUUACUAAAGGAGAAAUCUGAUUGGCUUCUCAGAGAACUGCUAUUUCCCAGAAGUUUACUCUGGGCAAAAUUAUUCUAUCGAAAUAUGUCAACACAAACACUUAAUUCGUUUCUUCGUGGGUUCUGAAGCAUCCCAAUUCGGAAAUAUGUGCUUUAGAAACUACUGCAAGUUUUCUUGCACUUCCGGUUCUGUGUUCCAUGCCUAUGGAAACCUAUUAUUUAUUUAUGUAAAAUAUAUAAACAGGGUUCGUGUACAAAACUUGAAAGUCCUUGAAUGUCCUUGAAUUUGAAAACAAAAAUUCAAGGCCUUGAAUGUCCUUGAAUUUGUAAAGAAGUGCUUGAAAGUCCUUAAAUUUUUCUUGCUUUUGUUCUUCGAUAUUUUCUGAAAUUGUUUGACAUUCAAAACGGACAUUUUCGGUUGGAUUGAUUUUGCAUGUUCAUAUAUGACAAAGUUGUUUGAAAGUCAUUAAAGUUGCGUUUUGAACAAUUCAACGUCAGAUUUACUGAUUUCUAACCCCUUUUCUUCAGUAUUUAGUCUUUGAAUUUGCUGAUACAUGGCCUUGAAUGUCCUUGAAAAGUCCUUGAAUUUGACUCUUCCUGACAUGUACGAACCCUGUAUAAAUAUUUAAAUAUUUAUUAAUCAUGUCGUUAUAUUUGGACUCAUACAUCUCAUGGCUUUUAUAUCUUUUAUAUCAUUAACUCGUAAUUUACCUUAUUUGUCUUAUUCUAGAUCCAAGCUCUGUGAUAGGUUUAACCUACAAUAUAACCAAAACCUCGGUUAUAGUAACAUGGCAACCGCCCCAAACACCGAACGGUAUUAUAACCUCUUACACCACGUAUCUGAACACUACCACUGUACGCAUAUUCCGUCGUCCUGGAACAAACAUCACAAUGUAUAACGUGACCAGCCAAUCACGCGAAAACACUACUCGUGCUACACAAGUCGUUCUCACUGGUUUCUAUGGAAACGUGACGUAUUCACUAUGUGUAGCGGCGCGAACAAGCGUGGGCUAUGGGCCAUGUUCCCAUAAUCUUGUUUUUAAGACGAGUAAGUUUCUCGCCACUUAAUAGGGAGUUUACGAUCUGCGACGCGGCCGGCUCAACGACGCGGUCUAAAUUUUAGCUGAAGAAUGAGCGCUAAGCAAUUCGAUUACUGUAGUAAAUAUUUGACUCUUUCAAAUAACCUUACAAAAUGCUAUGUUCGGCUAAAGCGAUGCAAUGUUUGCUAUAAUUUCGACUUUUAGUAACACCUCUUGUGUCGCGCAUUUAGCUUUCGCGUUGCCUGAAAGACGUAAUAAUGCUUUUUUAACGUUGUGUUGAGAAUGAGAACGCGGUUGACAAUACUCAUGGGACCACAAAUUAUUGACAGUUUUUGUCUUGCAUGACAAAUUUCUUUGUAAGUUCUUUGUAGGUUUGCAUGUCGAUAAAACACAUAAUACUGUUGUUUGUGGAAACACCAAAUUUCUUUGUUUUGAAAGCGCGUCGUCGAGCCGGCCGCGUCGUAGAUCGUAAACGUCCUAAUGCUGCUGCUACUGUACCAUAAAUAAAUGACAGGGUGUCCACGGGAAGAGAUUAUUUCGCUGGCCUCAGAGUGACAAAACGCAACAAAGCAACGGUUUUUCUAACACUAACCGUACUCCAAACACCAAUUCUUACCCUUAUCCUAACACUAACCUAACCCUGUUCCAAAUUUGUUUCUAAACCAAUCUUAAAGAAAAACGUUUUGACGAAAUGUCAUUCUGAGGUCAGCGAAAUAGUUGAUGCCGUGUCCACGGGCCUUGAAAAUCCUGGAAAGUCCUUGAAUUGGAAAAAAAAUUCCAGGACUGGAAAGUCCUUGAAAAUCAGUAGAAGUCCUUGUAAGUUCUGGAAUUAAUUUCCUUAACUUCCAGCUGUGCCAACAUUAGUGAUUAUGAUUAAAAUUACUGAAUAAAGUGGUGAAUUAUUUGCUUUGCAAAUCCGUACCAUUUUCAAAGAUAUUUCCCAGUUCUAGGUCCUUGAAUUUACUGAAAAAGGGCCAUGAAAGUCGAGGAUGGGCCUAUGUCAUAGUAUGACGUAGGCUCGGAUGAGCGUUGGUAAGAGUUGCAACACUCGUUCGCGUUUGACCGCAAACUCUCAUCGACUCUCAUGAAUUUUGAGCUCGUUCAAAUCUUGAUUAGUUUCGAUGAGAGUUUUUGCUCGGCUGACCAGUAAUUAUAAUAUUCAAUCAACUCUCAUCAACUGUUAUGCAACUCUUGUUCUCGUUGCAAACUCUCCCUUCUCAACUCUCAUACUCAACUCUCUCGUCGUUGCAACGGGCUGGGGGAAGUUGCUGAAUUUGUGAUUCAAUAUUUUUCAUCAAUAUUCUUUACAUUUGAAUUCAUUUUAGAUUUCACGAAGAAGGUAAUCUCUGAAGAGAGAGAUUUCACAUCUUCCAUCAUUGACGAUCAUUUGCCUCUCAUAGCGGGUGGGGCGGCCAUUUUGUUCGUCCUUCUUAUUGCUAUCUUUGUUUGUUGCUUUAUAAGACGAAGACAAAGAAAGAAAGAUGGUAGGUUAAACCGACUGUGUCUGCUAUUUUACCUUAAUUGUCAUUUAUCGAAAUAGGAAAUAUCCCACUAACUCUAUAACGAAGAACAGCCCUUGAUUAGGUCUUCAGGUGGUUCAUGUGCCUUUUGCUUCUAGAUGACUGCCACUUUUACUUACACUGUAAAAAUGUCACAUGUUGUCAACAAGAUGUGUUCGCAACAGGCUUGUAGCAAGCUUCUCAACAACUUGUAACGAUGUUUUUAUCUUAUCAAGUUGCUACAAGGUUGUUACUCACAACUUGUUGACAAAUUGUUGAAUUGCAGAACGACAACUAGUUGUUGGAACACCUUGUAAAAAGUCUGUCGAGUUCAACAGUCUUGUAGCACGUUCUCACCAAGCUGGUAACAAGCAGUGCGAACACAUCCUCAUGAUAAGUUGUUGAAAGUUACUGUGUUGGUACAAGCUAAUCUGUUGCAGAUUUAGGAUACUUUUAGUAUGUCUACGUCAAUUGUUUCUCAAUAAUUGUUUCUUUCUCAUCCGAUAGAAAAGGAAACAAAACAGACAUUCAAUUUUCAAAGGUUUGUCAAUGAAAAUUAUAUUUGUUAUAUCAUGCUGUAACCAGUACAGGACAUUUAAUACAUUAACAUCGUUUUUGCAUUAAUGUUUCCCCACAUAAUAUAUAAUUGUCGAAAAUUUUUGACGGGUGCACAAUCGGCGACAGCACUACAAUUUCUAAAUCGUUUCUUUUUUUCUACAGAAAUACAUUCCCAAUGAGAUCAGUCGACGAUGGCGAGUCAUCCUAUGCUUCUCGCGGCUCUAAACCGAUCUAUGCUUAUUCAGUGGACUCGAGCAGUAUCCACAGUCAAACUAACCCGAAUAAUGCCUACGCUGUACCGGAAGGUAGCGACGGUUCCCCGUUGGUGCGUCUUCGGAACAACUCGCUAGCUCUCGGCUCUGACGCGAGCAGUUACGAUGUACCGUAUUCUUCAGUCGCUGAAAUCGGAGUCGACCCUACAACACCCCACUCGACUGGCGAGACCCCGCGCCAUUUUGCCAAUGCGCUGUUCACAGAGCGAGAACUCGAGGACACUAGGGGUGAAACAGAGUCCCUGGACUCGCAUGCGGUAUUUAAUCCCAUAUAUGAACCCAACUACCCCCAAGUACCCCACCCUGAAAACGUGCAGGGGGGUGUGGAAGAUUUUCCAGAAGUCGAAGGUCCGAUUGGUGUGCAUAGUUACGAAGUUCUCUUUCUGCCUCCACCUCCCCCGGAAUAUUCAGAUUUUGGCGACGAUACAGAUGAACUACCGCAUGCAUAUACUAACGCUGUCACCGACUUUUAAUACUUUUUAUGGUAGAAAGAUGUAAAAUAUUGCUUUUUAAUUAGUAGAAAGGCAGUUUUACACACAUACAAUGUAAUAUAGACAUAACCGAAAUGUCCACAUAGUAAAUAUGAUUUUUUGGCCAGCAUAAUUUCUCAUGAACUAAUCGGAUGUCGCCAUCCCCAAAACAUCCAAAUGUUUUUUUUUUCUUGGUAACAUUUUUCAGGCGAGUGGAAACAAGCUUUUUGUUGCUGCUUCGCAGACUAUAUGCAAACGCAUCAGUGCUGGUCGCAGGCCAAAAAUGUAAUGCAAGCGCUUUUCGGUAAAGUUCCUUACAGUAAGGACAUUUUAGCAAAAAAAAAAGGAAGAGUGAGGCCAUUUUAGGAAAAUUCUAACCGGACAUUCUACUAAAUAAACUUCUAAGAAUAUUUUUUUAAGGAAAUAAUUUAUUUUGGAUUUCGGGGGGUUUCAGUAGAUCUGAACUUCCACUCCAGUAUCAAUUUCUUCUUUCAUUAAAUACAAAAUUAAUAGACGCAUAUUCAUUAUACAAAGUACAAACUUUAGUCAAUUUGGUGGAUGUUCAUGUUUUCGCUCGCUUUUCUGGUUUAUAUAAAUGAUUGGUGGAUGUUAUUUAUCAAAGACAUUCCUUUUAGAAAGCACAGGAAAUGUAGGCGGCCUAGCCGUUAAAAAUUGUGAUUAAAUUCUGAACACUAUCUAAUUAAAGCCUAUUGUCGUAUAUCAGCUUACUGCUGAAAGCACAUUGGAAUAAAGAAUUUUUUGUGCUUUACAAAAAGCAUUUUACCAAUAUCACGAAUGACACUAUACUGCUUAUAUUACGCAGGGCCUUUUUUAAGGAUUUUCCCGUGGGGGGGGGGGGCAUUUUUUGAAAAGGGACCUUUCUGUGAGAUAAUAUAUUAGAGGGGGAUAGCAAUGGCUGAAAGCCACGUGUGUGGCAAAUAUACCACGCAUGAAUGGGGGGUCUGGCGGUGUACUCCCCCAGAAAAUUUUUGAAAUUUGACUCCCGGAAAUGUCAUUUCCUGCAUUCUGAGCAUCCAAAUUUGCUCCAAAAUUUAUCCUAACUAUACUUGUAUUUGAAAUAAAUAAAGGAAGAAACACACAAAAAGUAAAAACAAAAUUAACCAUCAUUUAUCAUUACUUAUUAGAGGAGGAUAGCAAUGGUCAGGUGUGUGGGGGUGUACUCCCCCAGAAAAUUUUUGAAAUUUGAACCACAGAAAUGCCAUUUCCUGCAUUCUGAGCAUCCAAAUUUGCUCUAAAAUUUAUGCUAACUAUAGUUGUAUUUGAAAUAAAAGAUGGAAAAAUGCACAAAAAGUAAAAAAGAAUAUUAACUGUAAUUUAUUAUUACUUAUUAGAGGGAUAAUCCCAAGAACAUUUUUGAAAUUUGAAACCGUGAAAUGCUAUUUUCUGCAUUCUGAGCAUCCAAAAUAUAAAAAAAAUAUUAACAAUAAUUUAUCAUGGCUUAGUGGUAAAAAAGUAACAAUUUAAAUCGAUUUUGUUAAACAAGAACAAAGGAUAAAGCCUACAACUUACUUUCUGUUUAUCUAUUUGUUAAUCUUCACUGGAUUGUUUGUAUAAUUUUAGGAAAAAGGGACUUUUCCUGGGGG